AUGGACGAGCGGGGUGACCGGCACAGAGAGAGACUGGUCAGCAGGGGCAUCGGACGAGAAGUCUACGUCCAUUUCGUCGAGGUCUACUGGGCCGUGCUCGGCCUCGUCGAGGUCUACUGGGCCGUGCUCGGCCUCGUCGAGUACCAGAAGGGCAUCGUCUUCGGUCAAGAGAUCCACUACGAUCUCUUCUUCUCCUUCUACUUCCGGAACUUCGGCUACUGGCAC